AUGAAAAUCCGAAUACCGUCCUUUGCUGGGUUGUUGUUUUUCGACCAAUGGGGUGCGCCCAACCAACAACAUCCCGAGGACGCGCUCUCCGGCAUCACACGGGACGACUCUGUGCGCCACGACUUUUUGAGGCCCGCUGUUUCAUACCGUCCCCGUCUGCGCUACUGGAUCCCUGAUGCCUGCGUUGACCUCGACCAGGUUUACGACGACAUUUCGCAGGCCGGCUCGCGCGGUGCGGCCGGCGUUGAAGUGCUUGGUUUCUACCUCUACGGCGCGUCGCGGGAUACCUAUGUCCCCACUGACUGGAACAAAUACGGCUGGGGGACACCUGCCUGGAAAAAUGUCCUCGACACAGCCAUUCGAGCACACGACGACCAUGGACUCUUACUGGAUUUUGCCAUGGGUCCGAACCAAGGCCAAGGCGUACCGGCACACGAGAACGAUACCGGUCUCAUGUGGGAUCUAGCGCCACACCAUGUCAUCGUGGCCGCCGGCGGCUCAUUCCACGGCACUGUGCCCGGCUGGGGGGCAGGCGUGCUGCAGGCAGUCGUCACGGGGCUGAUCACCAACACGACGACUGUUCUGGGUAGUGCGUCUUUCUCCGCGGAUGGGCAUACUCAGCCAGUUAUGACGCAGCACACGCUGGCGGAGCGCAGUCUCGAAGAUUUGACGCCGCAGGUCGGCACAAAUGGAUGGCUUGAUGUCGACUUUACACCCUCCGGCCCGGCCGACAUGAGUCAGCAGCAACACCUCGUAUAUGCAGUAUAUCUGAUCCGUUCUGGCGCACGCGCCCAACACCCACCGUCCGUCGUGGCUGGGCCGCAGACAACACCAACUGACUAUGUCCAUAACGGGUCGUGGACAGUGGACCACUUCUCUGCGCGCGGUGCCCGCGUCAUGACCGACUUUUGGGAGAAGCACCUGCUGAUCAACGGUACACGCGAACGGUUGCGGCAGGUGACCCGGUGUGCAUGGGAGGACAGCAUCGAGAUCAAUCCGAAUGUCUAUUGGACGCCGGAGUUGCCGACGGCGUUUGCGCGGCGUUGGGGAUACACAAUAAACAAGUACUAUCCCCUGCUCUUUCACGAAAACAGCCUCCUCGACCACUUUAACGUUUGGUUUGUCACCGACGAGCCAGAUGCUGGGCACAGCCAUGUCGCUGAUUACCGGACAAUACUCACCGAAGGGUACGGAGAGUACCUCGACGCGCUCCGCACGUGGUCCAGGACGUACUUGAACGUCGACUGGUCUUCUCAAAUUGGCUAUAACAUGGCCGUCGACAUGCAAUCAUUGAUCGGAAAAGCAGACAUACCCGAGUGCGAGGAUCUCGCAUUUGGAAGCAACAUUGACGCCUACCGCCAGUUUUCUUCCCCUGCCUACAUGUCGGGAAAGAAGAUCAUAUCAGCCGAAGUCGGAGCUGUGCUGGGACAGGCAUACCAGAUGACUAUGCCGCAGUUGCUGCAACUUAUCCAUCGGUUGCUUGCAGGUGGCGUCAAUGCUGUGGUGCUACACGGCUAUCCGUACUCAGGAGAGUAUCCAAACACCACGUGGCCCGGUUAUGCCGCCUUUACGUACGCUUGGUCUGACAUGCUCGGCCGCCAUCAACCAGCUUGGGACUUCAUCCGUGAUCACUUUGACUACUUGUCGCGCGCCAUGUACAUAUUGCAGCAGGGUGCCAGCAAGAUGGACGUGGCCUUUUACCAGAAGCGCACAACCUACGCGCGGCCUUUAACUGGCUAUGAGCCUGAAGAUCUCCUCAAGGCGGGAUACACAUAUGGUUACCUGGAUCCGGAGAUACUGCAGGGUCGAGAUGCUGUGGUGCAAAAAGGUGUUCUGGCUCCCAUGAAGCAGGCAUAUAAGGCAUUGAUCGUCCGCGGGAGUGACGUAUUAACUGUACAAGGCGCCGACAUGCUCGCCAAGCACGCCCGCUCGGGUCUACCCGUCAUCUUCGCCGGUGAAAUCCCGUCAUAUCUCGGCGGACAUCAUGACCCAGCCGGCCACGCUUAUGUCAAUCACACGUUGAGGGCACUGCAGCACCUCGACAAUGUGCACCAUGUGCCACAUGAGGAUGGCUUGAGCGAAGUGAUGGCAUCGGUCGGCAUUAAGCCGCGCACCCGGAUUCGUGCGUCGACAUCCACAACAAAGUGGUGGCCUGUAUGGCGAGAGACGGCCGAUGGGCAUGCACAGUACGCAUUCAUCUACCACGAUGGCGAAGAGAAUAGCGCCGGCACAAUCGAGUUCCAAUCGACCGGCCGGCCGUAUCGCUAUGAUGCCUGGAGUGGUACCAUCACGCCCAUAGGUAUCUACAGCCGACAGGGAACCACCAUCACCGUUCCUCUUACACUUGGGCCACAUCAAGCAGUCAUUUUCGGAUUUCACAGCGACGAAAGGCACGCAUUCCACGCAACGGCCACAUCAGCCGGGGUCUUAGACGUGCGGCAGGCGGCAGGCGGGCUGUGUGCGAUCGUAGGCUCGUCUACGUCUACGCAUUCUGAGUGGAUACGCACGUCGGAUGGUGUCAUCCACAACGUGCCCGCUGUGUCGGUCGCGCCAUUUUCCCUCGACAACUGGACGCUUGUCGUAGAACAUUGGGACCCUCCGACACCGCUGGCCAAUAUUUCUGCUGAUGCGUCGCGCUGGAACUCAACACACCAUCUCGACAGCCUCGUGUCUUGGCAGCAUAUCCCCGGCCUGGAGCGCGUCUCAGGACGAGGAUACUACGAGACCACGUUUCAGUGGCCUCCCGCCAAUAGUACAGAGCGGUAUUCAAACGGUGCUAUUCUGUCACUGGGCAUAGUGAUUCAUACUAUGACGGUAUCCGUCAACGGUCAUGCCCUUGCACCAUUCGACAUACUGACACACGCGCGAUUAGACAUUACUUCUUACCUGGUGGCCGGUGAACGCAACACGGUUCGCGUGGUUGUAUCAACCACAUUAGCCAACCGUCUGUCUCUCAUCUGGGACUCGCUGCGCACCAGCGGAGCCCCGCCCACAGGCCUAUUUGGCUCAGACACGAAGCCCCCAGGGAACGCUGAGUACGGUCUUGUGGGUCCGGUCACUGUGAUUACGUACCGGAAGGUCGACCUGGCAGAGGAUGAUGUGGCCAAGCAACCGAGUGCGUGA